UCUUAUAGUGUAAGAAGGAGGUUUUGCUGUAGUUGUGUCUUUUUAACAUUUAGUGUUGUUGCAAUUAAUACAGUGGUUUAUUUGAUGUACCAGUAUUUUCAUUAAUUAAAAAGAUAAAAAGUUCUCCACUAUUUUAAGUUUUUAUUAGGUGGAAUACGUUACAAUGGAUGACAAAGAAGCUGUUACUAAUGUAAGAAGGACACGUUCUGGAAAAGUUGUAUCAACUCCACCAAGUAAAGCAGCUUCAAAACCUGCUACACGGAGAACACGAAAGAAGGUUGUCCUUAUGGAAGUUGAAGUAUCAGACGAUGAAGAAGAGACUGUAAGAGAUGAAAAAACUGAGUCUGAAAGUAAGGAGGAGUGUGCUGAAGACAAAGAUGAAAAAGAAUUGGAGGAAAAACUAUUGGAAACCCCUGAGGAAAGUGAGGAGUCACUGGAAAAUAAAAGUAACGUGAACAGCUCUUCUAAGGAGACCGAGCAAGAAAGUGAAAAAAAUUCAGAAUUAAAUGGUGGCAAAAACAAUGGUGAAAUUAUUAAAGAGAAUGAUGAUAAUAUAACUUUUAUUUUAAAUGAUGUUGACAUGCUGGAAACACCAGAAGUAGAUAAUGAAACAUCCGAAAAAGAAAAGAUAGACAUUUCAGAAGACACAGUAAUGGAAAUAGAUGAAGAAAAAAGUAAUCCAUUGGUUGAGGAACAGAAUGAUGUAGUUAAAGACAAAACAGACUCUUCUAAUGAAGAUGAUGCAGAUGAUUCAACAAAACUUAAUUUGGAGUCAAUAAGUACAGAAACUGAAAAAGUGGAAUCUGAAAAAGUGCAAAUUAAAGUAUCUGAUGUAGAACAGAGCAAAACCUCGGAUGAGGCAAUGGAAAGCGAUGACAAAAUAACAUUACUGGAUGAAGAUUUUUAUGAUUCUGAGAAACAUAGCGAUGAAGUAGAGGAAACUGCGGCUCAAGGACAAAAUAAAGAACAGUGUGAUAAAAAAUCUGAGGAGCAGAGUAAAAUUUCUCAAAAAACGGAAGAUAAAGAUACAGAUGCUAUGGAAGUCAAGGAAAUAUUUGAUGCUUUGGAAGAUAAAUCAAAAGAUCAGGAAGAAAGCAUUUUAGACACGGAAGAAGAAAAUGAGGACACCAUUAAAGAUAAAAAGGAAAAGGAUGGCAAACAGAAUGGAGAUCCAGAUGCAGAAAAUAUAUCAGAAGAUGAAUUGCCAGGAGUACCUGUUGUUAAAGUUCCUGAGGCAGAAGAAGUCUCUGAUGAAGAAUUGCCUGGUCCCAAAAGAGCCGAAUUGCCAGCAGAUACGGAA